AUGGAUGGAUGGACAGACAUAUCGUGCGAACGCCUUUGCAGUGCUGACCCAGGUACACAUACACCUACACACAACACAUAUUACACGUGCACCGAAUCCAUCCAUGUGUGUGUGGCUGUCUGCGCGUCUGCCUGCAGCACGUGCUGCAGCGGGGAUGACGACCAGGACCAUAAUCAUAUAUGGUCACGACAACGACCAUGUUGAGUGUGAGGAUGAGUGGACGGAGGGAAGGGCACUCAGACAGACAGGUGCCUGCCUGCCUGCUAUGCAAUACGCAAUAUGCCCACAAGUAGGGACCCCUCAAGGGAUCGCUCCCUAAUGACUCCGCCAUAUAUUUGCAUUUGCAAAGGUAAACGCACACACAAGGAUGCGCGCAAACAUCGACCACAGCAGGGCACAUCCAUUCAUUCGUUGGUGUACGGACGUUCACAUUUGGUCAGAUGCAGCGCGUGCAGAGCGAUGACGAGUCAGUCCAUCACCCCGCAAGCAAGACAACAACAGCACGCCCGCCCGCCCGCAGACGAAACAAACGGUACAUGUACACACACAUCGACCCAUUCACCCACACCUGCAUGAUCCAUGUGCAUUUGUAUAUUGAUCUGUCCGUCCCGUCCAGACACGCCUCUGCCCCCCAGCACGGCCGGCAAGAAGAAGAAACGCAGCAAAAAGAAAAACAAGAAACCGGAAGAGGUGAGGGGAUGGGUGGGUGGGAUUGCACGCACACCAACAGGAUUUGUGUGCGUCUCUCUCCUCUCUGUGUACAUGUGUCUAUGGGUGAGUGACAGUCUUUGCUUGA